AUGUCUGAAUGUAUCCAGCUCUCAUUUGCUGUUUGUAGAAUUGGCAUUUACGUGUGUUUUAGAGCACUUUGCUGCAAGGGACCACCACCACCACGACCUGAAUAUGACUUGGUUUGCAUAGGCCUCACUGGUUCUGGCAAGACAAGUCUUCUGUCACAGCUUUGCAGUGAAAGCCCGGAGAAUAUAGUGUCUACCACAGGUUUUAGCAUAAAAGCAGUGCCAUUCCAGAAUGCCAUCUUGAACGUAAAAGAACUUGGAGGGACUGACAAUAUCAGGAAAUAUUGGAGUCGUUACUACCAAGGAUCCCAAGGGGUAAUAUUUGUAUUAGACAGUGCCUCCUCUGAAGAUGAUCUAGAAACUGCUAGGAAUGAACUGCAUUCUGCUCUCCAGCACCCACAGUUAUGUACUUUGCCGUUUUUAAUACUGGCCAAUCAUCAAGACAAGCCAGCAGCUCGCUCCAUACAAGAGAUCAAAAAAUAUUUUGAACUUGAGCCACUUGCACGUGGAAAGCGCUGGAUUCUUAAACCCUGCUCCUUGGAUGAUAUGGAGGCAGUAAAAGACAGCUUCUCCCUUCUUAUAAACUUGUUAGAAGAGAGAGACUUUGAACCUUCAAGAAUGUGA